UGGUCUUUUUGUUGGAGUAUAGCUUCCUUGCUUAUGAAAUAAGUUUCAGAUUUCUAAGGCAGAAGUGAUUCCUCGUAGCUUGUUUCAGGAGCAACAAUAGAAAGUAAAAAGACCGUCAAGCUGGAGCUUGGGAUCACACACUAGCUGUUCUAGUUCUACUCAACAACAUACCAAACAAGGAACUAAGAUACUAGUGAAAAUCAGUUUUUUUUACUAAAAAAGAAACAAAAAACUUCCCUCGGUAUCUUUAACUCAUUAUCAGCCAGUUUGUACGCUUCUAUUUCGAAGAAAUCAAAGCCCAUCGUAAAUCUUUGAUAGAAAAAAUAAGGGAUAAACAAGGGGAAUUUAUCAAGAUACCCAGUUGACUCGAGACCUGAUCUCAAUCCUUGCUCUUUGUUUUAGAAGUUUAAACCCACUAUGAUCCGCAUCAAGCAACGAGGCUCAAUCAAUCAGGACAAUGACUACAAGAUGAACGAUGCCAAUUCUCGGCUGGGAGAACAAUGGCCUAAUGGAGGAGGAUAUGGUGGAAGAAUAUGGGUGAAUAGGGGAGAGAAAAUCAGUAGCGCUUAUGAUCUUGUUGAACAAACACACUAUCUUUAUGUUCGAGUGGUAAAAGCAAAAGAUCUUCCCCACAAUGGUGUCACUGGAAGCUGUGAUCCUUACGUUGAGGUCAAGCUAGGGAACUACAAAGGACGUACAAAGCAUUUUGAGAACAAAAGGAAUCCAGAGUGGGAUCAGGUUUUCGCUUUUUCGAAGGAUCGAAUGCAAGCAUCUAUAUUGGAAGUCUUUCUAAAGGAGAGAGAGACGGUGGGGAGGGAUGAUUACAUAGGGAGGGUAGUGUUCGACUUAAAUGAGGUUCCUACCCGGGUCCCACCUGAUAGCCCAUUGGCACCUCAAUGGUACAGGUUGGAGGAUCGGAGAGGACAGGGGAAGGUGAUGGGGGAGGUCAUGCUGGCUGUUUGGAUGGGCACUCAAGCUGAUGAAGCUUUUCCCGAGGCUUGGCAUACAGAAACCGCCUUUGUCCAGGGCGAGGGGUUAUUCAGCAUUCGAUCGAAAGUUUACAUGACCCCAAAAUUGUGGUACCUGAGAGUUAAUGUGAUUGAAGCUCAGGAUGUCAUUCCGAAUGAUAGAAGCCGGGCCCCAGAACUUCUAGUGAAAGUACAAGUUGGGAACCAAGUCUUGAGGACUAAGAUAAGUCCAACUAACAUCAUGAAUCCGCUAUGGAAUGAAGAUCUGGUUUUUGUAGUUGCUGAACCCUUUGAAGAGCAGCUAGUCCUCACAGUUGAGGAUCAUAUUCACCCGACAAAAGAUGAUGUACUGGGAAAGAUAAUGCUACCCGUAAACGUCUUUGAGAAGCGGCUAGACCACAGGCCAGUUCAUUCUCGCUGGUUCAACCUAGAGAAAUUUGGUUUUGGAGUCUUCGAAGCUGAUAGGAGGAUGGAGCAGAAAUUUUCCAGCAGAGUGCACCUUAGAGUCUGCCUUGAGGGUGGGUACCAUGUACUGGAUGAAUCAACAAUGUAUGUCAGUGACACUCGCCCAACAGCACGUCAACUUUGGAAACCGCCUGUUGGGAUUUUGGAAGUGGGUAUUUUAGGUGCUCAAGGUAUACUUCCCAUGAAGACGAAGGAUGGCAGAGGCACCACGGAUGCAUACUGUGUGGCAAAAUACGGUCAGAAAUGGGUUCGGACCAGAACAAUUCUGAAUUCAUUUGCUCCUAAAUGGAAUGAGCAGUAUACAUGGGAAGUUUACGACCCAUGUACAGUAAUCACACUGGGAGUGUUUGAUAAUUGCCACUUGGGCGGAUCUGAGAAGGGUAAUGUACACAGUUCAGCCAGAGAUUCACGAAUCGGAAAGGUAAGAAUCAGACUAUCCACACUCGAGUCUCAUCGAGUUUACGCGAAUUCCUACCCUCUCCUUGUUCUGCAUCCAGGUGGACUCAAGAAAAUGGGAGAGCUCCAACUGGCAAUUAGAUUCACCAGUCUCUCCUUGGCCAACAUGAUUUACAUGUAUGGUCAUCCCUUGCUCCCCAAAAUGCACUACCUCCACCCUUUCACGGUAAAUCAAAUCGACAGCCUUAGAUUUCAAGCCAUGAACAUCGUGGCAGCACGACUAGGCAGAGCAGAGCCACCGUUGAGAAAAGAGGUGGUGGAAUACAUGUUGGAUGUUGAUUCUCAUCUGUGGAGUAUGCGAAAAAGCAAAGCGAAUUUCUUUAGGAUUAUGUCGAUUCUUUCAGGUACAAUAUCAAUAAGUCGAUGGUUUGGUGAUGUUUGCCAUUGGAAAAAUCCGAUUACUUCAGUCCUCGUUCACAUUCUCUUUUUGAUAUUGAUAUGGUACCCUGAGUUGAUACUACCAACGAUGUUCCUCUACAUGUUUUUCAUUGGUUUAUGGAACUAUAGGUUCCGCCCACGCAACCCACCCCAUAUGGAUAUCAAACUUUCAUGGGCAGAGGCAGUACAUCCAGAUGAACUUGACGAAGAAUUCGACACGUUUCCUACUUCAAGGCCACAUGAAAUAGUGAGAAUGAGGUAUGAUCGGCUUAGAAGUGUGGCGGGAAGGAUUCAAACAGUAGUGGGUGACAUAGCAACCCAAGGGGAAAGAUUUCAAGCGCUGCUAAAUUGGCGGGAUCCACGAGCAACAAGCUUAUUUAUAAUGUUCUGCCUUUCUGCAGCAGUGCUUCUCUACGUGACUCCGUUCAGAGUGGUUGCUCUAGUAGCAGGAUUGUACACGCUUAGGCAUCCAAAGCUCAGAACCAAGCUGCCGGCUGUUCCUAGCAACUUUUUCAAGAGACUGCCAUCUCGAGCUGAUGGGUUGCUUUAACUUAUAAAUGCUGCUCAUGCUAGUCUAAUGGUUAACUAACGUAGUGUAAUAGGGUCGCAAUUAACAGUCGUGAUGAUGCGGUAACGAGGAUAAUACGGUUGUCAUCUGCCAAAAAUCACUUAAACCACGAGAUAUUCUUUGAACUGACCUAAAGUACGGUAUUUUCACACCUUUACGAUCCAUUUAGUAUCAAUUUGGUAGAUUUAAAAACAUCUACAACAUGGCCAAUAUAAUACAGUGCGACCUUGUUUUUGCACGAAGUUAGAUAAUCUACAUAAUCAAGCAAUUUCAUUUUCUGCUAACUUCAGUUAUGUAUUCAAAAUAUUUCGGAUAAUAAAGCAUUCACUUUUUAUUCUGUUCCUGAAA